CUCAAGCCUUUUUGAUUUCCUCCUCAACAUUGAAUCCAUCAUUUCUUCUUUGUUUUUUCUCUAAUUAGUUAAUGUCUUUUGUUCUGUUUGUUGCAGCAAUCCCGUUCCAAAGAUUAUUGGGUGUUUUUCAAUCGCUAGCUUAUCAUGGAAAGAAAAGAAACAAAAUCUAUUCGCCCAACCGAUAUUCUUGUGGAGCCGGAUAUGAUAAGCGGCUUACCAGGUCAUGUAAUAGAUGUGAUUCUGUCUUUCUUGCCAAUUAUAGAAGCAGUGGGAACAAGUGUUUUAUCCAAAAAAUGGAGGAAUUGUUGGCGCACACUACCCAAUCUUGUUUUUGAUCCACAAUGUGUAUGUGUGGCUUCUCAUGACCCUGUAGUUAUUGAAAGCAAGUUUCUUAGAAUUGUUUAUCACGUACUUUUACAUCAUUCUGGGCCAAUCAACAUGUUCAAGAUCGAUGGUUUUCGUUACAUUAGUGAGAAUCUUAUGAGUGAUAUUGAUGAGUGGAUUCUUUAUUUAGUCAAGAGGUCUGUUAAAGAGCUUGUGUUGGAAGUUUGUGCUGAGGAAUAUCCCUAUGGGAUACCUCGGUGCUUAUUCUCUUGUCAAAGUUUACAUCGUUUAAAACUAAAAUGGGGUUAUAUUAGAUGUCCAAAGACGUUUGAAGGUUUCAAGCACUUGAAAAGCCUUGAUCUAAAUAUGGUUCAAGUGGAACAAGAUGAUUUGGAAAAUUUGAUAUCCAGCUGCCCCCUACUUGAGGACUUGACAUUGUCCAGACUUGAAGAUUUACAAGAAAUUACUAUUCAUGCACCAAAUCUCAAGUUUUUUAAAUUAUAUGGUGAAUUUGAGAGUAUCAGCUUUGACAACACUUAUCAAUUAACCGCAAUAUCAAUUGAGUUACAUAUGCAAUUUGAGUUCGAAGGCAAUCAAAGUAUAUUACAUGGACACUCUAGCAACUUGCUCAAAUUUUUGGAUCAUCAGCCUUGCAUACAGAGCCUAGAGAUUCAUAGUCAUUUUUUGAAGUAUUUGGCUACAGGAGUUGUGCCGCUAGAGCUUCCAACGCCAUGUAUCAAUCUAAGAUAUCUUUCCUUAUUCAUAAACUUGGAUGACCUUAACCAAAUUUCGGCUGUUCUUUGCUUGCUCAGAAGCUCACCUAAUCUUAAAACGUUAGAAAUAUUUGUGGAAGAAUCUUGGUUCAGGGAGCAGAAUGUUCUUUCAACACCCGACUCCUAUAAUUGGGAAGAUAUAUUUUCAGAGCCAGUCAUGUCCCUCGGAAUGCAAUAUGUGACGAUAAACAACAUCUCUGGUUUCAAAGACGAAAUAGAAUUGAUCAGAUUUCUACUUCUCUAUUCACCUGGGCUAAAAAAGAUGAUUGUGAAGCCUAAAUUACUCUUCAGUCUGGAGUUGAAGACAAAACUAAUUCAAUUCAAAAGAGCAUCGGAAAAAGUUGAAGUUAUUUACGACGGUGAAGACUAUUUGUAAUGAUUUUUAUUCUCGAUAUUUCAUCCUAUGACUUUUAAAGUUAGGGAAAUGCUAACCAGUGCCCUCAGGACAAUGGUUAAGACUUUAAAAUAGUAAAUUUAUUUCGGUAA